AUGCCCCCUGUUGGUUGGAUCAAAAUUAACUUUGAUGGAUCAGUUCAAAAUCUGCAAGGCACUACUGGUUUUGUUAUUCACAACAGUGAUGGUCAUGUCUUGCAUGCUAGUGCAAACAAGAUUUGUGAGACUACCAUUAAUGUGGCUGAAUGCUUGAUGUUAAGGGAUGGUCUUGCUCUUGCCCUUCACCGCGGGUGGUGUAAGAUCAUUGUUGAAGGGGAUUCCAAGCUUAUCAUCGACAGUGUGCUUAAGAAGGUUUCGAUUCCAUGGAGUAUCCAACAAAUUGUUUAA